AUGCGCUCCACCUUCUACCGCGGCGCGUACGCCAAUAGCGGCGUCGUCGGCAGCAUCGCCGUCCGCACCCUCGCCAACAACGCUCACGUUUCCGCAGCGCAUGCGCCGAGCAGCCUCCGCAGCGACUCACCGCUCAGCCAAGACAUGGCCCUCCGUGCAGAGGGCGCCUUUGGUGUGGUGGUCGCCGCGCGCAGCCGCGCCGCGCCGCAAGACGAGUUUGCCAUCAAGGUGGUCGCCUGGCCGGCGGACGUGGACGCGGCGGCGCUCGCCGAGGUGCGGGCGCUCGCGUCGAUGCCCCCGUCCGACGACUUGCUCCGCUACUACGGCGCGUGGGUGGAGGCGGGCGGAGACUGGGCGGCAACAGGAACAGCAUGGUAG